AUGACACGGCAGCAUCCACAUGGCUCCUCGGAGAACGUACUGGAAUACGCCCUUCUAGCAGUUAACCACAGUAGAAUUAACUGCGUGCAGAAAAAUGUCCCCUUCGAGGAGUCCUACCUCAUCAAGAAGAAGAAGCAUGAUCAUCUGCUAGACCUGAAGUUUUGCCACCUCAGGCGGGGGUCCACUCCGACCGAUUCGUCCACUAGCUCAGUCGGAGAGGUUAGCGGUGAAGUUGGCGGUGGUGGCGAAGAUGGCGAUGCUGCUGCUGCUAGCCCAGCUUGCCAGCUUGGCAACCUUGGCGGAAUUCUACCCAGUUGUAACAGAGCGAGAGGGCGGGGCCACAGCAGCGCGUACUUCAUCCUGAGACAGUGGUGCGAGAAGUUGGGGACGGGCGACGGCCCUCAUCGGGAGGCAAAUCAGAAAAGAGGAGACAACCUCAGCGAUCACGAGGAUGAAUUCAACGGGGGAAGAAAGCCAAGCUCAAGGUACGAGCGAACCAACUUCCCAACAAGCUACGUCGUUAUAGGGACACAUCAACACGGAAACAGUAGUACUGCCGCCCCUUGCUCAUACGAAGAAAUGACGGUGGAAAUCCCAAACUAUGACGUCGAAGUGGAUGGCUUUUAUGUCCAGAUCCAUGUGGACCCAAAUGAAAAAGACAUAUUUAUCCUAUCAUGCAAAGAACUUAUCCUCAUAAGAAAAAAAAAAAUAAAAAAAAAUAGUCCCAUUCGGGGGGAGUACUUAUUACACAACAGGUAUAUGGCCCUCCCAUCGAAGAGAAAAAUCAUUAAAGCCGAGUGGUUUCAUAAAUCGGACCACGUGGUUUCCCUGUUGACGUAUGAGCAUGUUGAGGCAUCUAAAAUUUGUUCUCUUAAAUUUAAGUCAGUACUUCGCCUAAUUAAUGUAGAGGGGGAAGCCAGGGAGGAAGUAAAAAUAGUUAUUCCCGACGUGGAUAUUAUCCAUCGGAAGUUGAGGAAGGAGAACCUGGAAGACAUAAAGAAGGAUUUGUACAAAAUGGGGAAGAUCAAUUCGUCUCUCCACUUGGUAGACGCGGUGUCUGGUAAAAGUGGCACUGAGCAGAUGCAGACGAGGAGCCUUCCACAGUACCAUGAUAACAACGCAGAAAGGGUAGAAUCCUUCCCCAGUCACGAUAAAGUAAAUUCUCCACAAGGCGAAGAUGGCCAAGACAGACACACCAACAUGAGCUCAGCAGACACGGAUGGGGAGGGAAAAAAAACGUCUAGCAGCCAUCCGAUAAGUAGCGAUUUAGCGAUGGUCUCAGCAAGAAGUAGGACCGAUCUCGCCUCUGAUCACGUCCUAAUGAAGGAAAAGAAACAGCUACGUAAGAACAAGUACAAAAAUCUCGUAGUGGACUACUGCUUUGGUGCCCCCAGUGAAAAUAUCCCCUGGAUAGAAACCUGCGUCUUUGUUCUUUUAAGAGAUGGACUGAUAUUAAUAUACACCCCGAUAAUCACGAGCGAGUGGUACGUGAGCUACUUCCUAAUGCACGAGUUGAAUCGGAUUCGGCAGAGGGGGAUGGAAAAAUGCGGAGGCACCAACGGGGAACCAUUCGAUGGCCAACCUGGUGAUGAGGAGCGUUCCGAUGUGCAACGCGGUGAUGGUGAAAGCCUCCAUGAGGAGUAUGCGGAGGAUUUCCUCGCCCACUAUGAUCACUUCCGAGGGGUCUCCGUGAGGCAGUACAGGGAAAAUGACGUGUGGGUGAGUUUCGAUCGUAGGGGGAAGCACGCCGGAGGCAGGACCAGCUGGAGAAGCGUCGGUGAAGGGAGCGUCGGUGAAGGGAGCGUCGCUGGCACUGUUCGUGGUGGUGGUCGCCCAAAUGAUCGCCGCGCCGGGGCCGCCUUUUCCUACGCUCCCUACGUGGUCAACUGUCUGAGGAGCUCCACCUACCGCAGCAUUGGCCUGCUUUAUUGCAACCAUCUGGUGUUCAUCGCCGUCUCGGAUAAGUUCGGGUACGUGUCCUUCGUCCUGCUAAACUAUUUUCUUACUCCCCACAUCGUGAUCCCCACACCUGGGCAGAGCGAAACCGACAGUGGAAACACAUUGAAGAGAGCGAUGAAUUUCCUGUCGAUGAAGAAAAAAAAACAAUCCUUUUUCUUUAACAUCUUCAAUUUGAACGAUAAUGCCAUUUUCGAAAAUCUGACUUCGGCGGGUUUGGCCAAUUUGAUUAACCGAGAUCGAUACGAUGAGUACUAUCGGCGUGUCAAGAAUGGCAGUUACGAGAUAGCUUCCCUCAUGGGGAAGAUGUCCCAGAGAGGUGCAGCCAGGGAGUGUACCCGGGAGGAGGAGGGCAACCAUCGAGGGGGGGGCGGUGUCAGCCAUGUCAGCGGUGAUGUUGUCCAGCGUGGUGUUGUCCGCGGUGAUGUUGCCGAGCAUGGCUGUCUUGGCACCUCUCUCCGGAGGGACCCCCCCAAUGAGCAGCGCGAAAGCGGCGCAAACUUAGGGCAGAUCAAAAUUGACGUCAUCAAAUUGACCAAACCAAGGACGCAGAAGAAUAAGAAGAAGUCCCUAUUCAAAGAAAGGUUCACCAAAAACAGUGACAAUAAUGAGAAAGAGAAGUAUAGCCACUCCCCUGGAUUUGAAUACACCUCUGAUGGGAACAUUACCGAGCAGUAUGACUUCUUCUCCUGCUACGAAGAUGAAAAAGAAAUUUUGGAAAAGCAAAUAAACGACGAAGUGGAUCUACAGUGUCAUCCUCUAAGUGUCCUCUAUUUUGACUCAUACUACACCGGAAUGAGUAACGUCAAAAUGAUUGUCCUGAAUAAGCACAACUUGCUUUGUUUCAAUAAUGAGAAAGUUGUGCAUCUCCACUUAGUUUGGCUAAAAUUUGUCAGCGCAAUAUUUUCCCUCAUCCAUUUGAAAAACAUCCUUUCCGCUAAGUUGAUUCACGAGAUGUGCAAAAAUGGCCUUUACAUGAGCACCACCAUUUUUAAGGCGCCCAUUAGCUUCUAUCAGUUUGACUACUACGCGUAUCUUUUGUUGGACCAUACGAAGCGGCUAAACCAUGACACCUUCUCGGGAAUCUUCGGCGGGGGAAGCUCCGUGGGAGGCAGCGUGGGAAAUGGUACUCAAAGGGACGGUGUACAUGUCAUCGGACGGGGCGAAACACGUGACACCGCCAUCCAGUGGGAGGGAGCUGCGGACAACUUUGACUGCCUGCAGUCCAGCGCCCUCUACGAUGUGCAGUAUGUUCUUCACCCCGUCGUCGUGCAGGAAAGCAGCAACGGAGGCAGCAGCGGCAGCAUCACCCCCCAGGGGACUGAUCCCCCCAGCGACGUGUAUUUCAUCUUCACGCACUACGUAAAUCUCGACAGCCAGAGAAAGGAAAAACUAUUCAUGAGCAGGAACAUUAACUUCUUCACCUCUUCAGUGUAUAAAAAGCUGUUCCUCAUAUAUGAUUGCUUCAAAUUCAGCAUUGUCAGGAGGAAGGGGAACCCAAAUCUCAGUUCACAGGGAACAAACAGAACCCAUUUUCUACUAAGGGAGAAAAGAAAAUGCAAACCGCUAUGUCCGAUCCCUCGACAGGCAAGACUCAGAAAUUUUUAUAUAACUACGCAAGUGAUGGAUGACGACUCCAUAGAUCUGAACACGUAUGAGAACAUGCUUUCUCUUUAUGUGAAUUCACGCUGCAAUGAUUAUAUGAAUUCAUUGAUAAAGAAGAGUUUCAUUUUUUACCAAGGGAAGGGGGCCCCCUACAACGUCCUUAUUAAUCGUGACGCGCGUGCAACAGGGGUCACUAUAUCCAGAAGCGGUGUGCAUACAACGGGAUCGCGGAAAAUGAUCACUCAUAUGUCUAGCGGCAUCGUUGGUGCGAACUAUACCCCGCGAUUGCCCUACUACAAUGACAGCAACUACAUGGGGGAACUCACUCCCAGAAGUGCUGCCCUGAUUUGGGACAAACAUGGUGUACAAAACGGCAAAGAAGAGUGUUCAUACCUGACACAGGGUAAGUUCAUCUCAAAUGGAAGAAGCGCCACUACAGUUAAGCAACAGCUGCACAGCGUGGGCAACCAAAAGGGCUCGAUCCUUAAAGGGGAAGACACUCCCAACGCUCACAGCACAGAAGAGAUCGAUUUUUUAAAACACAUAUUCGUCAUCCUACACAGUAAUGAAAAUGACGAAGGCAACGACAUUCACAGAAAAAAUCCAAUGUGUGAAGAAAGCAGUCCCGCCGCUUGCAAAAAAUACAACUGCGGUGUUGGAAGUAUCACCGAAGAAGUGAACCCAGAGAAACUCAUAAACGACAUUAAAGUGCACGUCCUUAAGGGAGACUCCAAAAAAUACGACAAUGUACCCUGCACCAUGUUGCUGAAAAAAUUAAUCAAAGUAAAAAAUGACUACAUACAUGUGAAGGAUUAUUUUUUAAAAAAAAAAAAAAUCAACUUAGACUCUCUUCCCAGUGAUGUAAAAGGGAAAAUAAAUUUCCUUGAACAAGUCGUAUUGGUGUACUACUUCUUCCUGGACUUAAAUUUUUACUAUGAAAAUAAAUUUGAGAAAAUUAAGAAAAGGAUUAUCCAUUCGCUAGGAGUGGAUGUUAUACAUUUUGUCAAGUCCCAUGCGUCUGUUCAAAGUAUGAGCAAAGCGUUGAUUGAAAGAAACACCACUUUGGUGAAGGACAUCGAGCUAUGCUACCAGAAGCAUCAACUAAUUCGAGAAAAGUUUAAUUUGCUCAAGAAAAAAAUUCAUCUGCACAGUUUGGUGAAACAGGAACGGUUCCCAGCGAAAUGGGAAGCGUUGAACGCGGGGUAA